AAAUUAAAUAUCUAGUAAAUAGACACACAUGAUGAAGUUAAAAAGAUAUUUAAUUUGUCUCCCUCCUUUUCUUUCCUCCUCUUCCUCUUAUUUCUCACGCAGCUCGACCUGGACACGUCUCCGUGUCCUCUCUCCGUCCUGCUGCAGCGUCUGAACAGAUAAUUUGUUUCAGUGCUCAGAUGAGUUAUUUACUUUAAGCCUACAUACGAAUAUUAUAAUAUUCAGUUUUGUGAGCCAAACAUAUUUUAUAUGCCAACAUCUAUGAAAGAAAGAGCCAGGCCACGGAGCGCGAUGCGUCAUUUACACACAGAUGGUUCCAAUUUUGAUGCCAUUUUUGGAGUUUACGUUGUGAUCUGUGCGCACAACCCACCUUUGUCACGUGAGGUUUGAAUAUAUGCAACUUUAUGUGAGUGUCUUUUAUUUGUGGAAAAGGGUGUUUGUCUUACCAGUGGGUCCAACAUUACACACACCAAAUCCAUCUGUGCUCAAAUGAGAGAGUGUGGAGGACGCCCAAUGCAGCGCUUACAGUGACACUUGUUGAGGAGCUGCCUUCUGUCGCCAUCAUGUGGCAUUGCUGUCUUCAGACAUCUCUUGAUCUCUUUGACUACUUCACGAAAAUAGUAAUACGCCUCGCCUGUGGCGGAUUUAAAGGCAAGGAGAGGAGCUUAUGUGAUUGGUGAAAACAGGCCUCGGCUGUGUUAAACCCACUCCACGCCCUCUCUCCUCCCUCGCUAUGACUUACGCCGCUGGGAGGAGCUGAGUUAGGGAGGGGGGAUACUUACGCCGGGCUGCGCCGCUCACCAAAAUACCAAAAUGUGCUUGGGAACGCCUUGUCGGCGCGGCGGACCUGACUUACGCCGCGCCUGCGGCACGUCUCCGGCAAGGCACGGAAAUGGAGCCCCUCAUCUUUAUUUCACCCUCAAAGGAAUGCAGUGACUCUGGUCACUGAAAGGAGAUGGGGGGUGAAUUUCCACACCCAAACCAUGGUCUUUUACAACCUCCUGUCUGUGGGAAACUAACCAAGAGGUGAUCUUCCAAAAGACUGACAGUCAAUCUUUUGCAUUUCAAAGAGACAAAGUUGCUAAUUUCCAGCAGGACCGCCUAGACUGGAUAAACAUUCACUACAUGGUUUGAUGCAUCUGCUCAUAAGAAACGAUGAAGUGAAACUAUAUCAUAUGUGAUUUGAUAAACAACAAUCAUAGUGAGAGAGUAAAUUAGGUCUAACUCGCUUAUGAACCCCGCAAGUUAAAAUCAAUUCCCUUGCCAGCCUGAUCAGCCCUCGCUGUGAACAAUGAAUGGGUGCACAAGCUCCCCCUCCUUAGGUUCACGCCCCACAUUAAAUGGGCUAAAUGCGCUGAGCUGACUCUUAUCAUUCUCUUAGCAUCUUUGCUCUUAUUGUCUUUUUGUCUUGUGUGUUUUUGUCUCCGUCCAUCGUCUUGUAAGUUUUUCCCUUUUUUUUUUCUUAUUUGCCUUAAGUUUUGCAGACCUUUCUAGAAACUUGGAUGAAACCAAACCCAAGUUUCUUUAAAACAUUAGUGAUCAGCUGCGCGCAUAGAGAACCUCAGUCUAAGUCUUUUAUUUUGUUUACUUCGCCAUAGUGACUCCGGAGAACAAAGUCGGCUGGCUAGCGAAUUUAUUUUCUUAAGUUAUUGGCGUGAAUUAAUCUGCAGUAAAGCUAAUCCUGAACACCCGGAGGACCGACCUGCAUCAUCUGCCGAGCUGUGUUUGCCACAAGAUUCCAGAAGGAUAGCACUGUGGGACCCACGGGGUGCAUUUGGCGUGCAUUUGGGUGUGACGACAGAGACACCGUUCGGCUGGCUGCAAGCCACCCUGCAAAGACCAUCUGUAGCCUGGGCCUUCAGUGAUCCGCUCCAAGAUUGCCGCUGAGAACCAUCAUCGAAUAAGUGGGCAAACACAUCUUAAAGAACCGGUGAUGCUGUCAAGCGUUCAGGGCUUAUAAUUUUAAUUAUAGUUUAGUUUCUUUAAAUUCCUCUCCCAAAUGUAUCCUCGUAACCCUAUUAACGUAGGAAAGCCCUAUUUGCAUGGCACGGGAGUACAUCGAUGAUGCGUGAGCAUCUGAAGAGAAGACAUGGGUUUCUUAGCCUGGAUGAAGGCAGUGGCACUUCAGCAGGCACGGGGUAAGUCAUGCCGAUAUAUUUAAAAACUACCGUAGUUAGUAAAAAGGCGAGAAAUAAACGAGUUAUCGUGGUAGUGGAUGGGUGACUGGGUGACUGGGGCGCUACGUUACCGGGGCGAUCAUGUAUAAGAAUAUAAUACAUUAAAAAAAUAUUGUUGGCUGGAAAUUGUGGGAAUAAUACACAGUUUGAUUGCCGGCCUAAAACCGGAGCUGGGUAAAUCAGUACCAUGUUCUUAUAUACACUCUCUUAUUUCAGUGGAAAACAACAAAAGCUUGAUGGCUUUUUAGAGAACAAAACCUGCACACCAAAGGAUCAAGAUACCAUAACAGGCUGUGCUGAACAUGUUGGUGACCGACAUGAGGCCAAUUUCAAUGGUUGAGGGUGAGGGCUUCAAGGCCCUCAUAAAGACACUCCACCCUGGAUAUGUCCUCCCAUCAAGGUGGGUCAACUGUUUUAAUGCUUGUUAUGUUGUGUUUGAGAUUUGUUUUGAAUGUAAAACCGCUGACGCCUGGACAAGUGUGGCCACAAAAGCCUACCUUGGUAUCACUUGUCACUACAUAGGGGACAAUUGGGAGAUGGAGUCUGUGUGCCUAACCACAUUGCCACUGCAGGUAAAAGUCACUCACUCAUCCAUCGACUCCCUGCACUCACUUUUUUUUUCACUUAAACUCACUGACUCUCUCUCUCUCUCUUUGUCUUUUCAUUUUCUUCCUCUCUCUCUCUCUCUCUCUCUCUGUGCAGGACAGGCAUACUGCGUCCAACAUUGCAGACUGGUUGGAGGAGGUGGUGGCUAAAUAUGAAAUUCCAGUAACCAGAGUCGCUGCCAUUGUCCACGAUAAUGGAGCUAAUAUCGUGGGGGCAGCCAGAUUACUGGAGGAGAAGCAUGGUUGGAUGUCCGUACGCCGCACUGGCCACACCCUGCAGCUGGCGGUCAACACUGCCAUAAAGGCCCACCAGAGCACAGAGAGAGCCCUUGGAGCCGCUAGGUCAUUGGUGGAGCAUUUCCACAAGAGUGAAUUGGCCAGAACCAAGCUGAAAGCUAAGCAGCUGCAGAUGAACACACCUCAAAAGAAGCUGAUUCAGGACGUAGCCACAAGGUGGAAUAGUACCUACUAUAUGGUGGAGAGCCUCCUCCAACAGAGGUGGCCGGUUACAGCAACAUUGUUGGACUCCUCUAUCACACCCAAGGGCAAAAGGUAAUUAUUUCCUUUGCAUUUACUUUGACCACCACAUUACUACAGUACUUAACCUCAGUAAUACCCAGGAUGCUUUACAAUUCUUUCAUUCAUGCUUUCAUUCCCAGAUACCUGGAUUUGAAACCAGAUCAGUGGAGCCUGCUGGAAGAACUGCUGAAGACCCUUAAGCGUUUUGAGGUUGCCACUGUUUUUAUGAGUGGGCAGAACUAUGUUACCAUCUCUGCAGUACCGACUCUUGCGAGGGGGCUAUUGAAGGCCACCCAGAAUGCUUCUUUCGAGUCACCCCCGAUGAAGGCUUUCCAGGCCACUAUGACAGAGCAGCUUAAAAAGCGAUGGGAUAGGGAGACAUCCUUCACAGAUACGGCACCAAAUGCUGUGAUCAUGUCAGCUGCCCUGGACCCACGCUUCAAGAAGCUCAG